AUGGAGCAACUUGAGCACUUCAGUCACAAUCAUCCACUCAACCUUGUCCAACUACAGCCAAACCACAAUGAAGAGGAAGAGGAAGAGGAAGAGGAAGAUGUAGAUGACCUUGUAGUUGAAGACCACCAUGUUGGCCAAUGCAACAUGUGUGAGGAAGACAUUUAUUCAUUUCAUUUACGUUACUACACUUGCAAGAAUUGCAACCACUCUUUACACAAAUUUUGCGCAGAAAUCCCCAAAACCCUACAAGACCACCCAUUACAUAAUCCUAACCACAAUCUUACCUUGUCCAAGGGAUUUCCAGAUCCAGAUCUUUAUUUUAGUUCAAAUAAAGAAUGGACUUGUGGUUUAUGCAAUCAUAAGCGGAAUAACUUCUUCAAUUACCAUUGUUCCAUUUGUAAAUUCAGUAUGGACAUAAUUUGUGCUACCAUGUCUCAACAAAAGAUAAACCACCCAAACCACCAUCACCAAGUGCAACGUAACCCAAAGAAAUUGGUAUCUAUUUGCAAUGCAUGUGGUCGUGAACAUGAAGGGACUUUCUACCACUGCACCACUUGUUAUUGGUUUUGGAUCCAUCAGGAUUGUGCUUUGUCUCCUACCAAAUUACUUAUUCAACAACCUACUAAUCACACUCUCACUCAUUCUCAUCCACUUACCCUCACAUAUUCCUUUCCCAACAUUGAUCAAAAAGUUAAGUUCUAUCCCAGAUGUAGAAUUUGUGAUACAGGCUUCUACAUUUACUUUUGGGUUUACAGGUGUGAUAAAUGUCGAUAUUAUGUCCACAUUCAUUGUGCAACUUCAAAGUACGGUCAGUUUUUGCGCCCAGACAAGCAAACAUCAUUCAAUAAGAAUUCGAUUUUACUUCACAACCCCUUGAAGAAAAUUCAACUAUUAUGUGAUGGAUGUGUGAAACCAAUCACAGAAAUACCAUUUUACAAGUGUUUCCAAGAUGUUCGUCUAGAUUCUGGGUUUGUUCUUCAUGAGUGGUGUGCUAGGCUACCCCUUAAAAUAGAAGACUACCCUGGUCAUCCAUACCAUACACUUUCUCUCAUGCCAGGCAUUACUACUAAAAUGUUUCGUGUUUUUGAGUGUAAAAUUUGCAUGUUACCUUCCAAUGGUUUUUCGUAUGGAUGCAAUACUUAUGAUUAUUCUGUAGAUGUCAAUUGUGCAUUCCUACCCAAAGAAAUCACACAUGAAGCUCACCCUGACCAUCUUCUCUCAAGAAUAGAUGCUUCAUCCAGUCUAUCAGAAGCACCAUGCAAUGCAUGUGGUUGUUACAUAACAUAUUGCAUCGCAUGCCGUUGCCAUUAUUGCAAUUUUUCCUUGGAUACAGAGUGUGUUUUUAUGUUGCCUGGAUUGAUUAGGCACAAGUACGAUAAGCAUCCAUUGACCCUAAGAUACAAUCCAGUCGAGAACCAUCCUGGCGACUACUUUUAUGAAAUUUGUGAGGAAGAAUUUAACCCAGAAUCUUGGUUCUAUCAUUGUGGCACUUGUGUCCAGUCUAUGCAUACUGCAUGUGCACCCUUAAUCAUUCAAUGUGAGCAAGCUGUAUAUACCCACUAUAAGAGAUCUAUUUUCUAUUUCGCUAAUGUCAAGUUUGGAGGGACGUUUCGGAUAAAAGAUCACUGA